AUGGCAGCUCUCUCACUGAGUCAUUUCCUCCACAACAAAAACAGUUCAGUUCAAUUAUUAAAAACCAGAAGCAACCCAAGAAUUAUUGUACAUCUAUCUUGCCAAAGAGAUGAGCCAAUAGACAGUUCCAGCCCAAAAGUGAAGGAAGAGAUGAAGCAAGAGAAGCAAGUUAUGGUGAGGCAACUUUUCGUUAGUGCAGAGAAGUUUGCAAAGGGAGUUAAGGAUAAUUUGAGCCCUAAGCAAAAGGGUGAUUGGAAAGAUGUGGUGCUGAUGAGCUUGUCAUUUGCUGUUUAUGUUUAUAUCUCUCAACAGAUUGUUUGCGCCUAUUGUGCUUGGACUUCCAUGCUCAAGCAACCAUGGUAG